AUGCAAACUCGUCAUCCAUUAGAACCAUUAUCACUUCCUGAAAUCGAACUUACUGUUCAAGUUUUAAAAAAACAAACUGAUAAAAUUACACCAACAACACGUUUUGUAUCUAUUACUUUACAUGAAGCAGCAAAAGAAAAAAUUCUUAAUAAAUCGAAUGAAAAUAUUUCACGUGAAGCUGAUGUUGUUCUAUUUGAUAAUGGAACUAAUUCAUGUUAUGAAGCACAUGUUUCACUUGAAAAUCAAGGUCAUCUUAUUUCACUUGAACAUAUACCUAAUGUUCAACCAACAAUGACAGUUGAUGAACAAGUUGAAUGUGAACAGGCUGUACUUCGAUCAGUUGAAUUUCAAGAACUAAUACGUAAACAUUAUGGAAUUGAUGAUGUUAAUCGAGUUAUGGUUGAUAUAUGGUCAAGUGGAUAUUAUGGACAAGAAGAAGAACGAACACGUCGUUUAGCAAGACCUUUAUGCUUUGUACGAUCAGAUCCAACUGAUAAUGGAUAUACACAUCCUAUCGAAGGUUUAAGACCUGUUGUUGAUCUUAAUUUAAUGGAAGUUAUUCGUAUUGAAAUAUAUAAUCAUUAUCCAAUUCCUUAUAUGAAUUUUAAUUAUUCAGCUGAUCGAAUAGAAAAAUUGCGUGAUGAUAUUCGACCAUUAGAUAUUAUUCAACCUGAAGGUCCAAGUUUUCAAGUGAAUGGUUAUCAAGUAUCAUGGCAAAAAUGGUCAUUUGUUGUUGGUUUUACAAUGCGUGAAGGUUUAGUUCUUCAUCAUUUAACUUAUGAUAAUCGAUCAGUACUAUAUCGAGGUGCAUUAAGUGAAAUGGUUGUACCUUAUGGAGAUCCAGCUGAACAACAAGCACGAAAAAAUGCAUUCGAUUGUGGUGAAUAUGGUGUAGGCUGUUGUACAAAUAGUCUUGAACUUGGUUGCGAUUGUCUUGGUUAUAUAAAAUAUUUUGAUGGAAAUAUGUGUACAAGUCGGGGAGAGUUAUUAGUUAUCAAAAAUGCUGUAUGUCUUCAUGAAGAAGAUGCAGGAAUUCUAUGGAAACAUACAGAUCGACGAUUAAAUAAUCCAGAAGUACGACGAAGUAGGCGAUUGGUGAUUUCAAGUAUUGCAACUAUUGAAAACUAUGAAUAUGGUUUCUUUUGGUAUUUAUAUCAAGAUGGUAGUAUUCAUUAUGAAGUUAAAAUGACUGGUAUUCUUUCAUUAGGUGCAGUUCCACCAGAGCAAAAAUCCUCAUAUGGUUCAUUAAUAGCUACACAACUAUUUGCACCAUAUCAUCAACACUUUUUUAAUGUACGUCUAGAUUUAGCUAUUGAUGGAAUAAAUAAUACAGCAUAUAUGGUUGAAGCUGAAGCUGAUCCCGAAGAUGCUGAAUAUAAUCAAUUUCAUAAUGCAUUUCAUAUAAAUAAAACGAGACUUGAAACAGAAAAACAAGCUAGAAAUAAUUUAUGUCUAGAAAAAUCUCGUUCAUGGAUAUUUGAAAAUAAUUCUGCUCGAAAUGCUAUUGAUCAACCAACAGCAUAUAAAUUAUAUCCAGGUGAUAAUUGU